GUUCGCAGCGGGACCACGGCCGCGGAGGGGGUUUGAAUUUCUAGCCGGGACAGUAAAGGCGUACUAUCCGCAGUGGAUUUAAGGUUCUGCUGUCUCCAGGGGUGACCGAUGACCACAGCAUAGCUUCAGGGAGGCAACUGGGAUUGGGGUACACUGUGGAACAUCAAUGCAGCAGGUGUUGGAUAACCUGGGCACCCUGCCCACCUCCACGGGAGCGAAGGACAUCGAUCUGAUCUUCCUGCGAGGCAUUAUGGAGAGCCCCAUCGUCCGCUCGCUGGCCAAGGCUCACGAGCGAUUGGAGGAUGUGAAGCUGGAGGCGGUGCAGGACAACAACAUGGAGCUGGUGACGGACAUCCUGGGGGACAUCAGCGGGAUGAGCGGGAAGGAUGCCAGCGCCGCGGAGCUGUCCCGAAUCCUGCAGGAACCGCACUUCCAGUCCCUUUUAGAGGCCCAUGACAUGGUGGCGUCAAAGUGCUACGAAGCUCCGCCCUCCGGCACAGAGCUCAACAACGACGCCGCGGCGAACAGCGCCCUGAUGCAGGCGGACGCCGUGAGGAUGAUUGGAAUCCGAAAGAAAGCAGGAGAACCGCUGGGCGUGACGUUCCGGGUGGAGGGGGACGACCUGGUGAUCGCCCGCAUCCUGCACGGUGGCAUGAUUGACAGGCAGGGUCUGCUGCACGUGGGUGACAUCAUCAAGGAGGUGAACGGGCAGGACGUGGGCAACAACCCCGGCCAGCUGCAGGACACGCUGAAGGAUUGCAGCGGGAGCAUCACCCUCAAAAUCCUGCCCAGCUACCGAGACGCCCCCGCACCCCCGCAGGUGUAUGUGCGGCCGCACUUUGACUACAAUCCAGCCAAUGACAAUCUGAUACCCUGCCGGGAGGCGGGCCUUGCCUUUUCCCGAGGGGACAUCCUUCAGAUCGUCAACAGGGAGGACCCAAACUGGUGGCAGGCGUGUCAUCUUGUGGGCGGGGCCACAGGGUUGAUUCCCAGCCAGUUCCUGGAGGAGAAGAGGAAGGCAUUCGUCCCUAGAGACUUUGAUGGUUCAGGGAUGCUGUGUGGUACUGUCAGUGGGAAAAAGAAGAAGAAGAUGAUGUACCUUACAGCCAGGAAUGCUGAGUUUGACCGGCACGAGCUGCAGAUCUACGAGGAGGUGGCGAAGAUGCCCCCAUUCCAGAGGAAGACCCUGGUCCUGAUCGGAGCCCAGGGUGUGGGCCGUCGCACCCUGAAGAACCGGCUGGUGGUGCUCAACCCAACCCGAUUCGGCACCACGGUACCCCACACUUCCAGGCGGCCGCGCGAGGAUGAGCGAGACGGCCAAUCGUAUCGCUUUGUGACACGGACAGAGAUGGAGACAGACAUCAGAGCCAGCCGCUACCUGGAGCACGGCGAAUACGAGGGGAACCUCUACGGCACCAAGAUUGACUCCAUCCACGAGGUGGUGGCCACCGGCCGCACCUGCAUCCUGGACGUCAACCCACAGGCCCUGAAGAUCCUGAAGACAGCGGAGUUCAUGCCGUUUGUAGUGUUCAUCGCCGCCCCCGAGCUGGAGACGCUGCGGGCCAUGCACCAAGCCGCCGUGGAUGCUGGGAUCAGCACCAAACAGCUGACAGAUGUCGAUCUGAAAAAGACAGUGGAUGAAAGUGCCAGGAUCCAGAGGUCAUACCGCCACUACUUCGACCUCACGAUCGUCAACGACAAUCUGGACCUUGCGUUUGAGAAGCUGCGAGCAGCUGUGGACGGGCUGUGUUCAGAACCACAGUGGGUUCCUGUCAACUGGGUCUACUGAGCCAGGGGGGCCGGCCCAGAGCGGGCGGGGCCAGGACUGCUGGCCUGGAACUACGCAACUUUACUACUCAGACUGAAAGGGAAGCUUAUUUAUUUUAAUAUUUGUAACUUUUUACAGAAGAUAUUUCUAUUCAUAUCAACUUGGGGCUCAAAAAAGAAAAGUUAAAAGAAAGUUUUGUUUUUUUUUAAAUUGAUUGUUGAUGUUUUGUACUGUACUGUUGUCCUGAGCUGUGGCUGCCGUUUCUAUGACGUUACAGUGUGAGAAAGACAACGCUAAACAUAUUUAUGGAUGAAAGUCCAGAGAGGUUUUCUGAUAUGAAGCUUAAAAUGCUUGAACAGUCACUACAGCAACACUUUCCUGUCCCACAUUCUUUCCUGUAGUGAUCUGUUGUCUCUCCCCCCC